CAUAACAGCUCGUCAGUCAGUUGGACAAUAACCAUCAACAUCGGACAUAAUCAACAACCAGCUCUGUUGCGUCACUUUGGUGGUGCUCGUACUUUUGAAUCGUUACCUUUUGUGUGCGCGUGCGCGUCGAGUUUCUCCCUCAAACAGGUUCGACCGCCGGGACACACCUGCAAGGAGAAAAAGAAGCACGCCUUGUUGUCCCCCGAACGCCAUUCUUUAAUCUCUCUCUGACCUCUGUGGAAGACGGAGGAACCGAACAGCGAUUUGUUUUACAACAAUAAGUCUUAUUUGGGCUCGUUUUCAUCAUGACAAUGUGGAUUGUUCUCGUUCUCGUUGCCUUUGCGGCGAAAGCUGCGGCUGCCCCCUGUGCUUGUGAAACUUUGAAGUGGGCCACCUGUGAAGAGCCAUGCGAUUGCACCGUUAUGGUCGGCGUCAACCAGAAACAAAAGCUGAACUGCAAAGCAUUGAUCCCCAAGUGCUUCUUGAUGAAGGCCGAGAUGCACCUAAUUAAAACGGGCAAGGACUCUCGCUCAAUCGGUGGAAAGCCGACAGACACGGCCAUUGUCGACAACGAUGGCAUCUACGACCCGGAUUGCGAGACCGACGGCAAGUUCAGGGCCAAGCAGUGCAACAACACGGAGGAGUGCUGGUGCGUCAACAGUGCUGGCGUCCGUCGUUCCGACAAGGAAGACAAGAACAUCAAGUGUGAGAAGCUCGUCGAGACCAACUGGGUCCGUCUUCAGCUGACCCACAAACCAGUGACCACUCUGUUGACCGCCAACAAUCUGAAGGCUGCCUUUUCCGAAGCCAUGAACAAACGUUACAUGAACUUUAACAAGGACUUGGUGAAGAAUGUUGAGUACGACGCAGAUGCCCGCAUGAUCGUAGUGGAUGUGAAGAAGCCAAAGGGAGACCGCCAGAAUGACCUGACCCAGAUGGCCUACUAUAUGGAGAAAGAUGUGAAGGUACUGCCCCUGUUCAAGAACCCGCUCAAGUUCGCACCCACUGUGAACGGCCAGAAUGUGGAAAUGGAGACCAUCUUGGUGUACUACGUUGAUGAGGAGCCGCCGACUUUCACCAUGAAGCACCUGUCGGGCGGCAUCAUCGCCGUCAUCGUGGUGGUGGUGCUGGCCGUGGUCGCCGGCCUGCUGGUCCUGUUCUUUGCCAGAAAGCGCCAGAAUCAGAAAUACAACAAAGCCCAGCAAAGAGAAUUGGACCCGAUGUAAAGUCUUCACUGCAACGGGACAAAGCAUCUGCUUGUACAUCACUUUUUGGACGUUCUUUGUGUUUAAAACUUUUUUUUUUUUUUUUUUACGAUUUAAUUGAGGAAUACAUAUUGUAACAAUCAAUGUGGGGUUUUUUUCUCUUUUUUUCAUGUUGCCAAAGCUGGUACCGCCAUUUAUUUAUAAAUCGUGUAAAGUCUUAAUGCAUUGUCCAUCUAUAUGCCAUAAUGACCUGGGCUUUAAGCGUGCCUGGCACAUGCUGCAUUUUUAAUGUUGGAACGCGUUGAGUGGCCUAAAAUCUGUGUUGUAGAUUGUACAGUUUCCUACCUAGUGUGUAUCUGAAUAUUUUUAAUAAAAUCUUUUUAAAGACA